UGUGCCGUGUGCAAACAUUUCCACAAUAUCAUUGGAUAAUGGGCUUUCUUCUAAAAAUAAACGGGAAUAUCCUACAUGUGGAAUUCCGUUUUGCACACGAAACUUAGCCGGUAAACACAUGGGUAAAAUAUAAUAAGUGGACUAUUCAAGCAGUUAAUCAACCAUGGUGCUGUCAUGUCGGUUUUACGGGAACAGAUUCCCCGAAGUGGAGGAUGUAGUGAUGGUAAAUGUGCGGUCAAUAGCCGAGAUGGGAGCCUACGUUCACCUUUUGGAGUAUAAUAACAUUGAAGGGAUGAUAUUGUUAUCAGAGUUGUCACGUCGCCGUAUCCGUUCAAUCAACAAACUUAUACGAGUUGGCAGAAACGAAUGUGUCGUCGUAAUUCGUGUGGAUAAAGAUAAAGGUUAUAUCGAUCUUUCCAAGCGCAGAGUGUCUCCAGAGGAGGUUGUGAAGUGUGAGGAAAGGUUUGCAAAAGCUAAAGCAGUUAACAGCAUUCUUCGUCACGUUGGGGAGCUGCUAGGCUACAAGAAUGAUUCCCAGCUCGAGGAGCUCUACAAGAAAACAGCCUGGCAGUUUGACGAGAAGUUGAAAAAGCCUGUGGCCUGUUAUGAAAUCUUCAAACACGCUGUCACCAAUCCGGAGCUGUUAGACGAGUGUGACAUCGACCAAAAAGUUAAAGAUGUCAUGUUAGAAAAUAUUAAACGCAGACUUACUCCGCAGUCUGUGAAAAUCCGAUCGGAUAUUGAAGUAGCCUGCACGAAUUAUGAAGGCGUAGAUGCAGUGAAACGAGCCUUACGGAAAGGAUUAGAAUUAUCUACUGAAAAUAUGCCUAUUAAAAUCAAUCUCAUAGCUCCUCCAUUAUAUGUGGUGACAACGCAGACCCUAGAGAGAGCUGACGGGCUGGUAGCUCUAAACAAGGCCCUAGACGCUAUCAAGGCCAGUAUAGAAGAGGCAGGGGGCAUGUUCAACAUUCAGCUCCAGGCCAAAGUUGUGUCGGACAUUGAGGAACAGGAGCUGGCAAAGAAGCUGCAAGACCUGGAGGAUGAGAACCAGGAGGUGGCUGGUGAUGAUGACGAAGACGAGGAGAGUGAGGAAGACGGAGAUGACAAAGAGGGAAAGGGCAGCGAGCCUGAAGAAGACCAGGGGGAAUGAACUCUGACUGGCGAGAGAACUUGGAGAAUUUACUCUGGGAAUCGACACGCGACAAGGAGAAACUAGCAGAAUCUUUUCGAUAGGGAAAAAUAUGUAAUUGGAAAAGUUGGGCUUUUCAACUUUGAGAAAUAUACAUUUGUGCAACUGGUAUUUUUGGUUAAGUUUGGGUAGAAUUUGAUUAACAAUAAAUUUGUUUGGAAGAGGUUUAGAUCACUAACAAUGGAUCGACCUUAAAAUUAAGUACUGCUAAUAAUUAAUAGAAAAUAAGUGCUGCUUCAUUAUAUAUCUUAUAUAAUUAUGUAAACGUGUGUUUUAAAAACAUUAUAGAAUAUGACAUUAAAUUCUACCUAAGUGUAAAAUAGAAGUUCAAUUAAAAUGUAAUUAUACAUUGUAUUGUGAUCUACAGUGCAAUUGUUAACAUUUAUAGGUUACUUUUGAAUCACUUAAAGCAUGGAGAUGGCAUUUUGUGUUAUUUAUGUUCUUGAAAAUGUAAAUAUUCGUGUAUAUGAAAGAAAAUUUGUAUUAAAAAGAAAAAAAAACGUA